UCCCGAGUCUUAGCUGACGCUGGUCUGGUUUUAUUUUAUGUUAACGGGAGUGAUCUUGCGUACAAACAAUAACACGGAAUCGCGGUGAAAGGGCGUUGCACAAAUGACAGUGUUUUGGCAAAAUGCCCGGGCUAGUUUUGACCACGUUUAGCAGUGCCUAGAAAGCAAAGUGCGCGACGCUAAAACAAGAGAACCGCGACAAAACAAAACGCAGAAACGCAUAAAAGUGAAAAAAAAAAGCGAACGCAGACAGCGAACGCAGACAGCGAACUUUGGACACAGACAAUCGCAAACACACGGGGAAAACAAAGAAAAACUAAGAAAUGUCGGCGCAGCGUCUAAAUGCAGCAGAGCGGGAUUUGGAGAAGUUCAUCAAGUUCCUGGUCUUGAAGUCCACCCAGGUGGUGGUGCAGUCCCGACUGGGCGAGAAGAUGCAGACGCAGUGCAACCCACUGGCGGGCAGCGAUUGGUUCAACAUAGCCGUGCAGGAUCAUCCGGAGGUCCUGGACGAGACCAAGCGGGCUCUGAACCUAAAGACGGGAGAGAGCAUUCUGCAGCGCCUGCCGUUGUGCGUUGAAAUAUCCCUGAAAACGACUGAGGGUGACCAGAUGGUGUUGGAGGUGUGGUCCCUGGACCUGCUCCAGCCCCAGAAUGGUUCCUCUCCGGCCACCAAUGACCUGAACCCCGAGGGUCAGACCCUAAAGGCGGCCCACGCCAUCUACAACCGCAUGGGCAUCAUGCUCAAGUCCCUCAUAUCGUUGACCCGCACCACGCCCGCCUACAAAUUAUCCAGGCGCCAGUGCCCCGACUCGUAUGGCAUCUUCUACAGGAUCUACGUGGACAGGCCGCAGGUCCACACCCUGGGCGAGGGUCACAAGCACGUAAAGAUCGGACAACUCAGCACGAUUGUUGGCUCGCUGGUUAUGUCCGUGGCCUACCGCACAAAGCUGACCAUUUCGCCCACGGCUGCCCAGUCAGAGAGCAACACCAUCAUGCUGAAGUCGGAUCACUUUAGACCCGCCACGGAUGCCAAUACACCUGGCAACCAGCAGCAGACUCAAAAUGGCACAGCCGUGGCCAAGAAAUUGGGCUUGGGUGCCCUCAAUCCUGCCCAGGGAACAGCCGAUCGGCGGUUUAUUGAUAUAGAGAAGCCGUUGCGACCGGGAGCCUUCACAGAUAUGGGCAAACUAAAGCAGUACACUGAAGAUGACUUUGUGUUGCCGGAAACCCCGCCUUUCGAGUGGCUUUUGCGAGGACGCGGCUCCGUGGAGUCCCUCAAUCGCCUGGAUAACAAUUCGGUCGCCAGUGUGAACAGCAGUAAUAACAACAAUAAUACGCAGGAUAUUAAAUUCAACCAGAUCAGCAAUCUCAACAACAACUCGGCGGGCUUCAAGAGCUUCGAGAAGAACUCGGAAAACUCAGUAUCGCCAAUAAAGAGCCUGCUGAUCCCCGCCAGCGCCACAUCCACAUAUCGUCACCAUUCAGAGCCUUCGCUACAACCACCGCCUGAUGAUGAUAAUCUGCUAAAAGAGCUCCACUUCCCGUUCGCCUCGCCCACGUCGCACGUAAACGAUCUGGCCAAGUUCUACAGGGAAUGCUAUCAUGCGCCACCGCUGAAGGGCCUCAAUGAACUGCAGGCAGAGAUCUCUUCAAUUUCCUCGACCCCGCCAGCAUCCAGUGGCUCCGGCGGUGUAGCAGCAUGCGGUCCGACGGCGGCGGCCACAGCGAUCACCACCAGUGCCGCUGAUGCCAGCGCCAUGGACGAUCUGUCCCGGCAACUGGAGCAAUUCGAGACCUCGCUGGAGGAUUACGACAAGCUGGUCUCGCAGUUCGGGCUAACGGGCUCCUCAUCGACGGGUAGUCGCAGCAGUGGUGGGCUCCAAAUGAGCAACUGAGUGAAAUAAUGCCUCUAGUUAUGUCAUUAGUUAGUUUUUAUUUAUAGAAGGGCGGUCAAUAUGCAGAGAGGCAAGGACAAACUAAAAUAUCAAGGACGACUUUAGAAAGAUUGCUUGGAAAAGUAGAGGUCUAAAGUUUAGCAUUUCUCUCAACCUUUUAAAAUCAGUUUUCAGUUAUGUAUUUCGAUAAGGGAUGUAAGAUCGAUUUUACUGCAUAAUUUCCUGUUAAGAAAGCGGAAUGUUUAUAUUUUUUUAAAAACCACCUACUUUCUUAUCAGCCAAGCAACGUUGCAUAAUGAUUAAAUAAUGUAUCCGAAGAACUGGAUUUCAGACCUAUACUUUGGCGUGAGCCCUCGCAUAUAAAUGUUCUAAGAUUGUCAAUAAUGAUUGUCAAUGGCAUAUUUAUAUAUGCCAUUGUGUUAAGUAGAGUUGAUAGGCUGCUAUUUGAUAUUACCCACUAUGUAAAUACUAUAUAUAUAGGCUUUUGUAGGCUCUAGGACCGUAUAAGAUGUAUAUACAUAGGAGUACAGAGCUCAUGUCACGUUUCAAAGUUUCCGAUGCAGCAGUUUAGACCCUAGACACAAAUACAUAAGUAAGUGACCCAUGCAAAUGCAUAUAGAUGGCUAUAUAGCUUGUGCAUAUGGUAGUAAGUUGGGCGUACUCGUCGCUUGUUUGAUUGUUUGUUUGUUUCUUUGUUCAAGUGCCUUUCGCCUGCUUGUGAGUGAAAAAAUCGUGUAUGUACAUAAAUAGCUAUAGAUUACAGCAAUUAAUCAGAAAGCCAAAAGGUUUAUUUCUGCCGGAAGUCAGCAAGUAAGAACGGUUCGAUCUAUGCAAAUGCAUAUCCACUAAUAAUCGAAAGACUUGAAGCAUAACGAAAUAUAGCUAUCCUAACUUUGUUGGCACUGUCAGGAAGUUGAAGAGAGCAGCUAGUGUUUUCUUUUAUCUUAAAUCGUUGGUCGCUGUUGCUUAUUUAUUUGGUUUACAAUUGCAAAAUUAUGCCUAUGAGAAUCGAAAUUCGAGUAUACAUUAAAAGAACACUAAACGAUAAGAGUAAGAACCUUUAUACAUACAUAUAAACAAUGAAUAAAAGCAAUUGUUAAUCAAGACACUAA